AUGGCCCUCGUCUUCAUCUCGGAUAGGCAUUCCGAGGAACCGCAUCCUUGGCAUCCUCCUCUUGCUUCGGCGCCCAUCCCACCGAGAGAUAUCGGCAUCGACAUCGACAUCGAUAUGGCCGUGUCAGACGUCGAAAAGGCGGCUGGCGACGAGCAGGUCGACAGGCCGGACUAUGAGACUCCCGUCCCUUCUCGCUCACAGUCUCUCAUCUCCAGCUCUACUUCCUCCGGCCACAGUACCGCCCUCGCACCCAUAGCCACCCACCAGGAUCAUGGCCACGGCAGCGGUAACGGAUAUGAUAUCUCGGGUUGCAUGUCUCGCGCGACCACGAGGGACCUCGAGCGGCAUCCGACUCUGCUCAGUCGCAUGGCCACGCAGAGGAGUCAGCAUAACGAGACCGUCGGAUCAACUAGGUCGCGGCCCUUGGAUAGGCCGUUGCCCGAGUUUGGGGCCGGUAAGCCGUAUCCUCCUCCCUUGCCGGAGAAGGAGGAGUAUGUUGUCGAGUUCGAUGGGCCAGAUGACCCUUUGCAUCCUCAGAAUUGGUCGUUGAAGAGGAAGAUAUUCACUGCUCUGAUACUGGCGUGGACGACAAUCAUCUCAUCUUUUACAAGCAGUAUCUUCUCCACCGCUACACUCGAGGUCUCUCGCAUCUUUGGCGUCUCUCCCGAAGUAGGCGUCCUCGGUCUCUCUCUAUACGUCCUGGGCUACGCCACAGGCCCGAUCAUCUGGGCUCCCCUCUCUGAGCUCCGCGGUCGUCGGUUUCCCAUUAUCCUGGGGAGUGUCGGCUUCACCAUUUUCCAAUUCGGCCUCGCUACAGCCAAGGACCUCCAGACCGUCAUGCUCUGUCGGUUCUUCGGUGGCUUCUUUGGCGCAUGUCCCGUUGCUGUAGUCGCGGCCGUAUUUUCAGACAUGUUCGAUAACCGUCUCCGAGGUCUGGCCAUCACCCCGUUCUCCAUGACGGUCUUCACCGGACCCCUCCUUGCGCCCUUCAUCGGCGGAUUCAUCCUCGAGUCAUCCCUUGGAUGGCGCUGGACAGCCUACCUCCCUGGAAUCUUAGGCGCCAGUGCCCUGCUCCUCAACGUCUUCUUCCUAGCAGAGACAUACCCUCCAGUUGUCCUCAUCGAUAAGGCGGCGGAGCUCCGCCGUCUGACUAAAAACUGGGGGAUCCAUGCCAAACAGGAGGAAAUUGAAGUCGAGUUCGGCGAGUUGAUCGAAAAGAAUUUCUCACGUCCUCUGAAGAUCCUAUUCACUGAACCGAUCGUCUUGCUUCUCAGCAUAUACCUAGCCUUUAUCUAUGGAUUACUUUACCUCUUUUUGACGGCUUAUCCGAUUGUCUUUCAGCAGAUACACGGUUUCGGUAAGGGUGUUGGUGGACUGCCGUAUUUCGGAAUGAUUAUCGGUCAACUUAUUGGCGGGGCAACUAUCAUCUUCUCACAGCCAUGGUAUAUUCGCAAACUUGAAGCGAACGAUGGUGUAACUGUGCCAGAAUGGCGAUUACCACACGUCAUAGUCGGUGGCGUGUCGUUCACCAUUGGUCUCUUCUGGUUCGGCUGGACGGGGUAUACAGCCAACAUCCACUGGAUUGUGCCCACUCUCUCCGGCCUCUUUACCGGUUUCGGGCUGCUGGUCAUCUUCCUGCAGUCUCUCAACUAUAUAAUCGACGCCUACCUUCUUUUUGCUGCAUCUGCCAUUGCAGCAAACACCCUCCUCCGCUCUCUUGCUGGAGCAGUCUUCCCUCUCUUUGCUUCCUACAUGUUUAAAGGGCUGGGCAUCAACUGGGCCGGGACAUUAUUAGGCUGCUUCUCUGCCCUCCUCUGCCCCAUCCCAGUGAUCUUCUACUUUUACGGCCACCGCAUCCGUGCCAAGAGUAAGUUUGGCCCCAAGUUUACGGUCGAGCAGGAGAUGGAGCGGGAUAUGUAG